CCCGCGGCAGGUGCCGGUUCGCAGCAUGGCCCAGCGGGACCGGGGGCUGCGGACGCUGCCGGAGCGGGCGGAGGAGCUGCGGAACCGGAUCGUGGAUCAGUGCGAGCGGCUGCAGCUGCAGAGCGCGGCCAUCGCCCGGCACGUGGACCUGGUGCUGCCUGCCAAGGACCAGGGGGUUCUGAAUGCAGCCAAUGCAGCUCGGGAGCUGCUCAUCCAGAGGCUGCUCUUCGUGGGGAAGGUGUGUGAGGAUGAGGAGCAGCAGCUGCUGGAGAAGGUGCACGUGGAGGAGGAGCGGGCACACCAGAGCAUCCUGACCCAGCGGGUGCACUGGGCUGAGGCUCUGCAGAAGCUCUCUGCCCUCCGCACCUACCUGGUGGACAUCAUCACCCACCUGGAUGACCAGGACCUGGUGCAGGCAGAACAAGAGAUCUUUGAGAGGACGGAGGUGGCAGAGGGAAUCUUAGAGCCUCGGGAGUCCCCGAAGUUAAACUUUAACCAGAGGUGUGUUCAGAGUCCACUGCUGCACCGACUCUGGGCCUCUGCUGUUCUCUGCUCUGCCCCAGGCUCACAGGAGAUUCACAUCGAUGAGAAAACUGUCAGCCCCCAGCUCAGCCUGUCGGAAGACAAGAAAACCCUGACCUUCAGCCCCAAAAAGGCCAAGGUGGACUCGGACUGCCCCGAGCGCUUCGACCACUGGCCCAAUGCUUUGGCUGCUGCACCUUUCCACUCGGGACUCUGUGCCUGGAAGGUCAGCGUGGAGAAGAGCUGUGCCUACAAGCUGGGGGUUUGCUACAGCUCCGUGCCACGCAGGGGCUCUGGCAAUGAGGCCAGGCUGGGUUUCAACACAGCCUCCUGGGUCUUCUCCCGCUACGACAAGGAGUUCAGGUUCCUGCACGCCGGGGAGCCCCAGGCUGUGGAGCUGAUCCGUGCCCCGUCUGAGAUCGGGGUGCUGGUUGACUUUGGGGGAGGGGAAGUGCUUUUUUAUGACCCCAAUUCCUGCACCAUCCUCUUUUCCCACAGGGAGCCCUUCGCCCAGCCCCUCUAUCCUGUCUUUGCUGUGGCACACGAGAGCAUCUCACUGGUGCAGUGAGCUGGGGGCUCCCGGGGUGCCCGAUGGGGAAAAGGAGCCCGGGCAGGGCUGGGGGUCCUGGACAGGGUGCUCAGCAGACCUGCCUGUAGAAUAUGUAAGUUCUUCACCUGUUUUACAGCAGCUUUCCUCCUGGAUACUACACCUGUCCUGGGCCAGGGGUCAGGAUAACCUAGAGAGGUGAAUGAUUUAAUUCCUCCCUGACCAAGGGAGGCUUUCCAGCCCCUGGAGUAUUAAGAGAUGUGUUUGGAGAAAUGCAGGGAGGAGGCACACGGGAAGGGAGAUAAUUGGGACACAGCUGGAGACUGUGGGAAGAGCAGCCCCAUGCAGAGGGACACACUGAGGGGUCCCCCCUGAGGAGCUGGGGCCCACAGAGCGUUUUGUGUCAGGGGCAGAAAGAAAUCAUCUGAGCUGCUCCUUGCCUCAGGGAGCUGAGGCUUGGGUGUCAUCUGGAGGAGCUGCUGGCAGGAGGAGAGGUGCUGGACUUGGUGGAGCUAAGGAGGUGGUGUUUCUGUAACUCUUUACAAUUUGUCAUGUUUAUUUCUCCAUACCCAGAUCAGUAAAGUUUGUUAGUUGGCAAUAUGUUAA